AUGUUUCGACUACCGUUUCUAGCACUUCUCGUGGAACUCGCUUCGUCCUCGCCAUUGUCAAGACAAGCAUGCGAUUGUUGGCAGACAAAGGAGGAUGGUCUGCUCUUCACUGACUAUAAUAUUUUUGACUUCAGCUCCCUUGCUCAAUAUGUGUAUGCUGAGCCGAACGUGUUAGACGAUUAUGAAGCGAACCGCGUGGCCCCGGUCACGAGCGAAUACUUCGAGUCGACAGACUGGACGAGUUUCUUUAAACUUCAAACUUGGGAUUUCCCUGAUAAGCCUAUCAGGAUGAUCAACUCCCAGAAUAAUGUCUACCUACAGAAAGACGCAGAAGCAAGCACCUACCUGACACUUCGCACCCACCGCAGCCAGGACUUCCAGUCUGCUGCGGAAUUUGACACCAACGACCAAACUUUCACUGCUGCUUCGAUGCGCAUACGGGCCAAGGUACAGGGAGAUGCAGGAGCUUGUGCUGGAUUUUUUGUUUACAAGCAAGGCGACGAUGGCACUCAACACGAAUCAGAUAUCGAGAUACUCACCUACAACCCUACAACUACCGUUCAUUACACGACACAUCCCGAGCAGGAAACGCAUCAAGAGGAAGGGCGGUACACUAUAGAGGCUACACUGCCAUUUAGUGUGCAGUGGACUAAUUGGCAAGAUUACCGCAUGGACUGGACACAGGCUCAGACAACGUAUUAUGUCGACGGAGCCGAGAACGGCCGAUUGGCGCACUUGGAAUCUCAAGUGCCCAGCAACCUUAUCUUCAAUAUGUGGUCAUGGGGCAAUGAGGAGUGGGAGAAGACCAUGGCUGUCGGCGGCACGGCCUACCUGAAUCUCAAGCAGAUUGAGCUCGCUUAUAACACGUCCUCUGGCGGCAGCGCUUCGUGCACUAAUAUCUGCACGCUAAACUAG